AUGGCAGACACGAAGGCCGCGACAACAUACUCGACCGACCCCGCUCUAUAUAUCUACACCUCUCUUACGGCCGGGUCCUCUCACAUCGUGACGGCUACUUCGCGAUUGGAGACUAUCCUAAGAGCUAACAAGGUGCCAUUCAAAGCUCUAGAUAUCGCUAUUGACGAUAAGGCACGCAUGUUAUGGGGUCGAAGGGCUGGCAAGGAUGCAUCUGGACGACAACGCAAGCUUCCUGGUCUGGUACAGAUGGGCAUGGUUCUAGGCGAUCUAGUAGAGAUUGAGGAGUGGAACGAGUACGGCGAACUAAAGCAAAAUGUCACCAUCUACUACGACGACUUCACCAUCCCGCCCAAGAGCCAGGCGCCUCCACCACCUGCCCCUAAAGUUAAGAAGCCAGCCGCGGCAUCAACCCCUACCACUGCAGCGGGCGCUUCCGCACCACCACCGCCUGCAGCACCUCCGCUACCCGAGAAUGACAAGCCGAAAGCAGCAGCAGCAGCGUCAUCGACAAGCAAAUCCGGAGUAGUAGCCAAAGCAGCUAGCGCCGCCGAGCCCGUCCGUAGUAUUGCUGAGGAGGCCGCGGCGAAAGCGAAGCAGGUGCAUCUGGAUAGCUUGCGAGCUAAGGUCUACGGGAAGAAAGAUAAGGACGCUAAGGAGGGCGAGGAUGUUAAGGAGUCGGAUGACAAAGACACCAAGGAGAACAAGGAGGAGGCUAAGGAGAAACCCCAGGAGGAGCCCAAGGCAACUAAGGAGUUGGAGAGCAAGACUGCUGAGCAAUCAGAAACCGAGGAUAUCAAGAAACCCGAUACCACGGAUGUGAAGGACGUCAAGAAUGUCAAGGAUGCCGAGGACACGAAGAAGACGGAUAGCAAAGAGACCAAGGAGACCAAGAAAGUAGAAAGCAAGGAUGCUAAGAAACCCGAGAGCAAAGACACCAAGAAACCCGACACCAAGGAUGUCAAGAAAGUAGAAAAGAAGGACAUUAAGAAGCCAGAUACCAGAGAGGUCAAAAAGCCAGAAACUAAAGUUGUUAAGAAGGCGGACACCAAGGACGUUAAGAAAUCCACUGCCACCGCCAGCACCAGCUCUAGUGCUAGGAAGGCCACCACUACACCUACUACCACUACGGCCUCGUCUAGGGCUAAAGCGGCCGCCGCGGUGUCCAAGCCUAAAGUAACGACAACGACUUCCAAAGCAACUCCCUCGAAAGCAGCCCCUUCGAAAGCAACUCCUUCAAGAACAAUUCCUCCGAGAGCAACUCCCUCAAAAGUUACUCCUGCUAAGACAACCCCUAAAAUAGUCCCGAUUAAGCCUAAGACUACGACUACAACAUCUAGAACUACAUCUACACUACCUAAGCCUAAGGCUGCGAUGUCCACCCGCUCAGCAGCCGAAAAGCUAAGCAAGCUGAAGAUAUCGGACAAAGAUAAGGAAAUACCGAUAGGUGAGGCGGCCCUGCGGUCGCCGACGGCGGCGUCAUGGCGUGAGACUACCCCGACGGAAGAGGACGUACUGCGCCCGAUGCUGCAGAGCCCGACAACUGGGUCGUGGAGGGCAGAUGGCACCGGCGCGACUCCUAACAUAACCGAACUUCUCCACGGUGCCGUCGUGGAGGAGGUGCCUCCCGAGGAAAUCGCCGAGAUCGAGAAGGCAGAGGCGAUUCCCGAGGCGACGAGCUCGGAGGAGGUAGAUAGUGAAGAUGAGGAGGACGACAAUGACGAUGAAGAUGAGAAGAAGGAGGGCGAGGACGAAGAGGAAGAGGAAGACGAUGAUGAAGAAGAGGGAGAAGAAGAAGAGGACCACGACGACGAUAAGGAGGAGGAGGAAGAAGGCAAGGGGAAGGGAAAAGUUGAAACUGACAAAUAA